AUGCGUCUCGUAUUCUUGGUGCUUGUGAUCACAAGCUCCCUUUCCACCCAGGUAUCCUGUAGAGUACUUUCAGAUUUACUCCCAGGUUUGAUACCUGCCUGGAAGAUCAGGUUACACCAUCAGGGGGAAUCAUCCUCAGCACAAGAUGAUGUUGUCUAUCGCCCAUCCAUGUUUCCUGAAACCCCAAUCUCUCUGUCUACUCAUCAAAGGAAUUCCAAUUUGCGUCUUCGAUAUGUGCGUAACUCUGGAGUUUGCGAGACUCGGAGAGGUGUGCAAACAUACUCAGGUUAUAUACCCAACGACCGAAAUCAGUCUAUGUUCUUUUGGUUGUUUGAGGCCCGCAACAACCCCGAUACAGCGCCAUUGGUGGUCUUUUUGAAUGGAGGUCCGGGAUCUUCCUCUAUGCUGGGUCUUUUUCAGGAGAACGGGCCGUGUUGGAUCAAACGGGACUCUAGUGGUCUUGAGGAUAACAUUUAUUCCUGGUCAGAAAGUGCCAAUAUGUUGUAUCUUGAUCAACCUAUCGGUACAGGCUUCUCCUUCGGAACUACCAACGUGUCAACGUCAUUGGAGGCGGCAGUUUCAGUUUAUAACGCACUUCAGCUGUUUUACUCGGAUCCCAUCUUCUCAAAAUUCGUAGGGCGCGAAUUUGGCCUAUGGACUGAGUCUUAUGGUGGUCACUAUGGCCCAGUCAUGGUGGACUUAUUUCUUAACAUGAAUUCUCGUGUUUCCCAAACUGGAAACUUCAUCAUACCUAUCAAGACAUUAGGGAUUGGUAACGGCUUGACUUCUCCUCUCGCUCAGUAUCCAAAGUACACAACGUAUGCGGAUACAAACCCGUAUAGACGAAUCAUCUCAACUGAUGAAAUCAAAAACCUGACAAAGUUAUACGAAUCUCCUGGUGGAUGUAAAUCGCUUAUCGUUGAAUGUCAGAAAACACUCAAAAAAACUCGAUGUAGCAAUGCUCAAGAGGUUUGCAAUAACAAUAUUCUGAUACCCGCGGCUGGGAACGCGAGCUACUACGAUGUGCGAAACAAUGAUCCCGAUCCAUACCCACCCAGCCUUGAGCCACUUCUCACCAAUCAAGGAUUUCAGCGUGCAAUUGGUGCAGAAAUGAAUUGGACAGAGAGUAGCGACCUGGUGUACGAUAACUUUUUUGAAAGUGGAGACUGGAUGAUGGAUUCUGCGCCGCAGCUUGUGCGCGCGAUAGAUGCGGGAAUCAGAACUUUAAUAUACGCUGGGGAUGCAGAUUAUAUUGUCAACUACAUGGGGGUAGAAGCUAUUAUGGACAAUUUGAACACUAAAUUCUCAGAUAAAUAUCGCCAACAGAAGUUUAGCGAAUGGGUCAUCGACGGCGAGGUCGCUGGAAUUUAUAAAAACGCCGGUACUUUAUCAUACAUCCGAGUUUUUGGUGCAGGACACAAAGUACCAGCAUAUGGAAAAGGAAAAUUGGCUCGUGGUCAGGCCGCCUUGCUGUUCUUCCAACAAACCAUAGCUGGUCAAUCCAUCUCCAGCUCACCGCUAGAUCUAGGUGAUCACGAGAACCCAGGGGAUACAUCCUUCCUUGAUAUUGGAUUAUAG